GGUUGAAGCAGAGGCCACAAUGUCUGCUACAUCUUUCCUCUUUCAUUUGAAACAGAUUUAAAGAGGUGAGGUCAUGUUCUAGGCUCAGAGGUGGAGUGGUAAGUGUGUGGAUGCCAAUCUCCUGUGAUAAACUUCGGCUGAGAGUGAAAUUUAUCAUGGUCAAUUCAAGCCAGAUUCCAUAUUUCAUACUGACUGCCUACUUUGACAUGGGCUAUCUGAAGUACUUAUAUUUUGUGAUUGUUUUGAUGCUGUACAUCGUGAUUGUGGUUGCGAAUGCUUUUCUCAUUGUAACUAUUUGUAUGAAGAGGAGCCUACAUGAGCCUAUGUAUGUGUUUCUGUGUAGCCUGUUGGUUAAUCAGCUGUACGGUAGCGCUGGUCUAUUUCCUUUCCUCCUGCUGCAGAUCACCUCAGACAGUCACACCAUAUCUACAUCCAUGUGUUUCCUUCAGAUCUACUGCAUCUACACGUAUGCAACUGUGGAGUUUUGUAACCUGGCUGUGAUGUCCUAUGAUAGGUACCUUGCUAUCUGCUGUCCUCUGCAUUAUGAGGCUCGGCUGACCUCUAAAAAGGUGGCUCUGUUGAUCGCUCUCGUAUGGCUGUACUCUUUUAUCGAGUUCCUAAUAAUUCUUUGUCUGAAUCUCCGUCUAAAACUCUGUGGGAAUGUUAUGGACCGACUAUACUGUCAAAACUACUAUGUGACCAAACUGGCGUGUUCUGACACCACAGUUAACAAUAUCUAUGGACUUUUUGCAAUGUUUCUGACUGUUUUUGUUCCAUUGAUCCCCAUCCUGUUCUCCUACACCAAGAUCCUCAGGGUUUGUUUUAAUGGUUCUAAAGAGACCAGACAGAAAGCAGUCAGUACCUGCACCCCCCACAUCGCCUCCCUGAUCAAUUUCUCUUUUGGGUGUUGUUUUGAAGUAUUUCAGAGUAGAUUCAAUAUGAGCGGCAUUCCCGGGAUAAUGCGCAUAGUUUUAUCACUGUACUUUCUCACCAUCCAACCACUCUUUAACCCUAUCAUUUAUGGACUGAGGUUAUCUAAAAUAAGACAGAUGUGUAGAAAUGUUGUUGUCUGCAAUAAGUAAAGCCAAGGAGAUAAUUGUUUAUUGUUCCCUUACAUAACGAUAGUAAGUGUGACCUCUUAAAACACUUAUUGUAAGGUUAAGUACAUUUCUGAAAUAUUUUCCUUAAUCCCAGUUUCAGUCUUCAAAUGCUUCACAGGCCACAUUACACGACUCCCUAGCCUUCUGGUUAAGGCAGGGUUCUGGUUCAGGGUCAGUAGGGGUUUUGAACGGGGAUAAGUUUAGUAGAAUAAGGGUUAAUAGGAGUCGAGUCAUGGUGGCAGGGUUAUGUUCAGGGCUAGGGUUAGAUCAGACGUUACUUAAUAUGAUGCACAUAAGCUAGCCUGCCCCUUUACAAAGCCAUUCAUCAUUCUGAUUAUCUUUUUAA